AUGAAGGACCGGCUGGAGCAGCUGAAGGCCAAGCAGCUGACACAGGAUGAUGAUGCCGAUGAGGUGGAGAUUGCUGUUGACAACACAGCUUUCAUGGACGAGUUCUUCUCUGAGAUUGAGGAAACUCGGCUCAAUAUUGACAAGAUCUCAGAACAUGUGGAGGAAGCUAAGAAACUCUACAGUAUCAUUCUCUCUGCACCGAUUCCAGAGCCAAAAACCAAAGAUGACCUCGAGAAGCUCACAGCUGAGAUCAAGAAAAGGGCCAACAAUGUCCGGAACAAACUGAAGAGCAUGGAGAAGCAUAUCGAAGAAGAUGAGGUCCGGUCGUCAGCAGACCUUCGAAUUAGAAAGUCCCAGCACUCCGUCCUCUCCCGGAAGUUUGUGGAGGUGAUGACCAAAUACAACGAGGCUCAGGUGGACUUCCGUGAACGCAGCAAAGGGCGAAUCCAACGGCAGCUUGAAAUUACUGGCAAGAAGACAACAGAUGAGGAGCUGGAAGAAAUGCUGGAGAGUGGCAACCCUGCCAUCUUCACUUCUGGGAUCAUUGUCUCCCAGAUUUCCAAGCAAGCCCUCAGCGAGAUCGAGGGCCGGCACAAGGACAUUGUGAGGCUGGAGAGCAGUAUCAGGGAACUGCACGACAUGUUCGUGGACAUCGCCAUGCUGGUGGAGAAUCAGGGUGAGAUGUUAGAUAACAUAGAGCUGAAUGUCAUGCACACAGUGGACCACGUGGAGAAGGCACGCGAUGAAACUAAAAGAGCAGUGAAAUACCGGGGUCAGGCCCGGAAGAAAUUGAUCAUUAUCAUUGUGGUAGUAGUUGUGUUGCUGGGCAUUUUAGCAUUGAUCAUUGGACUGUCCGUUGGGCUGUAGUAAGAGUGGCCUAAGGGGCUGCUGCACUGAAAUAACCUGAUUGCACUCCAGCCUGGCCUGGCCACCCUUGUCUUCAGAUUGGAACAAAGUUUGAAUGGCCAUCCUGAGAGCAAGGGGGACCUGUUACUUUUCCUUGUAACCAUCCUUGGACCUGACUCCACAAUCUAGUCCUGGAGGAACCUAACCUACCUGCUGCCAUCCUGAGCUCUCAUGACAACCAUCUCCUGUCCUAACAACUGAAGUGCCUUCCCUCCUGGACCGUAUGAACCAACCCACAUUUUCCUCCCUCUGGUGUGUCAAAUUAUGCCUUGCACCUUGGAAAGUCCAUGUGAGAGCUGCCCAAGGUGUGUUUUCUACCUCAUGGACUAUUCUCCCAGAAACUGCAAUGUACUUUUCAGGGGAGUAUCUACCAGAGCAGAGAAAUUCUGCUGAGUUUGGCAAUAGCAGGGCUUGGAUCAGAGUCCUCUACCUGGCAGGUCCUCAAUUUGUUGUCCUGUGUCCUGAAAACAUGAGGGACUGACAGAUUUUGUUCUCAAAGGUUGGCUUAUUUGAAGUUCAUCCUCUAUAUUCUCAUGUUGAUUCAAAGAGGGAUCAGGAUGACUGUCAUCUGAGAGUCCCACUUGAAAAUGCUG